CAUACUAUAUUAAACUCCACAAUUAUCAUUUAAAUGAUACUACGAAUUACUAAUAUAUAUCUAAAGUCCAUUUUCUUCUUAAUCCAAAGUUCAGUACAGAUUAAUUCUUAGCUUAAUUUACUUUGUACAUUAGUUUGAAGAAUUAUUAAGAUGAGAAGAAAGUGUAAUUUGGAGCUCAGACUUGUUCCUCCUGCCCCAUACUUCGACUCCAUGGGAAAUAAAGAAAGCAUAGAUGAAGAGAAGGAACAACAGCAGCUAACAAUAUUCUAUGAUGGAAAAGUUGUGGUUUCUGAUGCUACUGAGGUUCAGGCUAAAGCUAUAAUACAUCUUGCAAGUAGGGAAAUGAAGGAGAACACAAAAACACUAUCGUCACUUUCAGAGCCACCAUCACCAUUAUUACAAUCUCAAACUGAGGUUUCUAUGAAAAAAUCUCUACAAAGAUUUUUGCAGAAGAGAAAAAGUAGAACUCAAGCAAUUUCUCCAUAUCAUCAACAACAAUAACAAUAAUAAUAUAUCCAGUGAAAUCUCACAUGUAGGGUUUGAGGAGAAUACAAUGUAGGUAAACUUUAUCACUACUUCAUGGAAAUAGAGAAGCUAUUUUCAGGAUACUUAUCCAUAUCAUCACUAGCUACUAAAUAGACUAUUUUGGUUAUCCUUUA